UUUCACAGCCGUCCCCCGGGGCCACCUUCUGGGAUGUCGUCCCCCAGUGCAAGUCGGGCCCAGAAGAUGAGGCUGCCCUUGUUUACGCAAAAGGGGCAGCUGGAGGUGCCGUCCCCGACCGAGAAGGACUGGCUGAAAGAUGACGACGAGGGUUAUGUCUUCAAGGACCCAGACCAGGAGCUGGAUUCUCUGCCUCAGCCCUAUCGAAUGAUCAACAAGCUGGUGAACUCCCUGUUUGACCGGUCGUGGGAAGUUAUCGAGGACAGGGACAGGCUGAGGGAAGCGGAGCUCAGCCGGAUCAAGCCCACCGUCUACCUUCCAGUUUUUGAAAACAAGCUCAGCAAAAUGCCAAAAUGUAUGGCUAUUUCUCAAGACUAUGCGUUUAUUGCAGAAGACAAAGGAUUCGCCAUCUAUAACCUGUACAGUGCGCAACAAAUAUAUGAAUGCGAGAAACUUAAGGUCGAUGUCGUGUCCAUCUGGGCCACAGAUUUGGGGAGCGAGACUCUUAUUGCUCCUUUGGAUGAAAUGGGUAUCAUUAGGCUGUUUUAUCUUUGUAAGGAUGGUCUUUUCUUCAUCAAAACCAUCAAUGAAGUGGUAAGUGCCUAGAGCUGGGCCACGCGCUGUAGCCGAUCAAGUUU